GCAGGGACACGUCACAGUUUCAGUCGUACUGUAGUUCGCCAGAUGAUCUUGUCAUGAAACUCCUACUGCUUAUCAUGUUUGUGUGUUUAGUGUACGAAUCUACAGGUGACUCCGAAUUUCAACUUAACACAGUAGAAGAGGAUGAAGACUCUUGGGAAGAGCAACAAGAAAGACAUAAUUCUGAAAGUAGAGAACAUACUAGUGAGUUGGAAACGUCAGAUCUAGAACAAGUGGUGGAGGAAGAAAUCGAAGAACUGCUUGUUGAGAGAGAACAGGAAGCAGGAGACAAUUUUAUUCCACUUGAUGAAUCCUUUUCUGACAAAGACGUUGACAUUGAAAGUACUCAUGACGUUGAAGGAAAACAACAACUACAUCAAAAUUUAUAUCGACAUGACGGCAGAGAGGAAGUAGAGGAUUUUAUGUACUCAACUGACUUUACUAGUGAUGAGUCAACAAUUGAGGAUGAGUGGAAAACAAUGAGUAGUGAUGAGGGUAGUCAUUACUUGGAAGCAGCAAACUUUGCCGAGGAAAUGGAGAAAGAUAAACAAGAUGAAGGAAAAGAGAAAGCAGAAGAAGAGGAAGAAGAAGAGGAGGAGGAGGAAGAAGAAGAAGAAGAAGAAGAAGAAAAAGAACAACAACAACAACGACAAAAUGAAGAGGAAGACAAACAAGAAAAAGAUGAUGAACAACAAGAACAACAACAACAACAACAACAACAAGGACAACAAAAUGAAGAGGAAGACAAACAAGAAAAAGAUGAUGAACAACAGCAACAACAACAACAACAACAACAACAACAACAACUAAAAGAAGAAACUGAAAGGGUAGAUGAGUACAGCGGGGAUUUGUCUAAUUCUGGAUUAUCUAGUGAGCAGUCACAAGUUGACGAGCUACAAGCUAGUGAAGGCAACAGAUAUGCUGAUGGUCAUUCUCCAGUUGAUGAUUAUGUCUCUGACAAAGUAUCUGAUGUCGAAAACACAGACAAGGGUGGUGACAUUCCUGUUAAAGAGACUCAUACGAAUGCUGCAAAAGCCCCUAAACAUACGAAAUGGACACAAGAGCAAUUGGAGGAGGGCAACAGACUUUGUGCUGUUGCUUUUAACAUGGUUGACAACAAAACAGAUAGUCAAAAAGUUUUUUAUAUGUUUAAACAAGCCAGCGAUCUGGGAAAUGCAACAGCUAUGGGAAAAGUGGCAUUUGCUCAGCUUUUUGGAUCAUAUACACCUCAAAACUUUACUGGAGCGUUGGAGAAGUUUGCUGCUCUUGCGGACAAAGGGCUGCCUCUUGGGCAAAUGGGACUAGGAUUCAUGUACGCCACAGGAGUAGGAGUGAACUCUAGCCAGGCUAAGGCACUGGUGUACUAUCAGUUUGCUGCUCUAGGGGGAGACGAGUUUGCUCAAAUGAUAAUGGGUUAUCGAUAUUGGGCAGGAGUUACACUUGUGCAGAGCUGUGAGUCAGGCUUGACUUACUACCAGAAAGUAGCAACAACAGUUGCUGAGAAGAUGACUCCACUUGGUGGACCAAUCAUGGUUAGAUCGAGAUUAAUGGAUGAGGCAGAGUUUUCUAGUCAGUCACAGCAAGUGGAUGAAGAUCUCUUGCAGUAUUACGCUUUUCUGGCCGACAAGGGAGAUCACCAAGCAGCGGUUGUUCUGGGUCAAUUGUAUUACCAAGGUGGGCGUGGUAUUGAGCAAGACUUGGAGAAAGCUAUUCAUUUCUUAUCUCUGGCUGCAAGCGAAGAAAAUCAUCCAGCAGCAUACGCUUUUCUAGGAAAGCUAUAUUAUGAAGAAAACUCACAUGUAGAGGUAGACUAUGAGAAGGCAUUGCGUUACUUUCGAACUGCAGCAAAGGAAGGCAAUUCAGUUGGUAUGUAUGGCUUGGGCAAGAUGUAUCUUGACGGAAAGGGUGUGAAACAAGAUUUCCAGAAGGCACUCGAGUACAUGAAAGGCGCUGCCGAAGGCGGCUGGGCAGAAGCACAACUUCAACUCGGCAUCAUGCACUACACUGGGUUGGGUGUAAAAAAGGAUUUUCGAACAGCAAUCAUUCAGUUUAAUUUAGCCGCACAGUCAGGAAAUGUUUUGGCAUUUUAUUAUCUUGCACAAAUGCAUGCUGCUGGUGCGGGAGCCGUCCGCUCCUGCCAUACAGCAGUUGAGCUGUAUAAGAAUGUCGCCGAACGUGGGUCAUGGGUGAAGUUACUAAUGGACGCGAAUGAUUUCUACAAGGCCGGACAUGCCGAUGUUGCAGUGAUGAUGUACAUGUUGUUGGCUGAAAUGGGUUAUGAGGUGGCGCAGAGCAACGCGGCGUAUAUCCUAGAUAAACAUGAAUCAACAAUAAUAGACAAGGACGAGGUUUUGCCACGUGCAUUAUUGCAUUGGGACAGAGCGGCGAGUCAAGGGUAUGGGAUGGCUCGACUCAAGCUCGGUGACUACUACUACUACGGACAUGGUACGAAAGUGGACUAUGAGGCUGCUGCCCUUCAUUAUCGGCUAGCCAGUGAGCAGCAACACAGUGCACAGGCGAUGUUCAACUUGGGUUACAUGCAUGAACAUGGAUUGGGCAUGAAAGAGGAUUUUCAUUUGGCAAAACGGUUUUAUGACAUGGCAGCAGAGACGAGCAUGGAUGCACAUGCACCUGCUGCUUUAGCAUUGGCGAAUCUGGGAAUUAAGCUCAAGUUGAAAUACUGCAAUGAGUUCAUUGAAAUGAUGCAUAAGUUGGGUCUGGAUUCUCUCUUCGGUAAAGACUGGGACCUCUACGCAAUGGCAUUCCUAGCCGGCAUGCUUGGUCUUAUUAUUUUGAUUUAUCGAGCACGACAGCAGCAGGAGCUCGAGAGACUUCAAAUAAGACGGAGGCAACGAGAGCAGGAACAGAGACGUCAGAGAGAGGAAGAGCAACAGAGAGAGGAGGAGGAGCAACAGAGAGAGGAGGAGCAACAGAGAGAGGAGGAGCAACAGAGAGAGGAGGAGGAGCAACAGAGAGAGGAGGAGCAACAGAAAGAGGAGGAGCAACAAAGAGAGGAGGAGCAACAAAGAGAGAAGGAGCAACAAAGAGUGGAGCAAGUCCAACAACAAGGUACUGACAACACUAAUAAUCCAGCUGUCGCAGAAGCAGAAGCUCAACAACAAGAGCAGUAACGCUAGUUUAUUGUAAAUGAUAUUAUACAAAACAAGCUACCUAGCGCAAUUAGUCAGUUCCUUUUGAAUUUCUUUUGUUCCCGUAAUUCUUCUUGACACAUGUAUCACACA